AUGGCUUCUAACGCAAAUGGAUCCGAUGGCAUGCCGCUUGAAGCGGAAACAAGAAUUGAUAAUGAUCAUGCUAUAUCUCUGCUCGAAAGCGGUGCACUAAAGGGCAAAGUUAUCGUCAUCCUUAUCAUUGGCUCUACUGGGGCUGGAAAAACGAAUGUGAUUAACUUGCUCACGGAUCGGAGUAUUCCAGUUGGGAUCACUCUAGAGCCUGGUAUCGAAAUAUCGCGUGCUAUUCUGGAAACCAUAAACAACCAGAUGUUCCUCUUCAUUGAUACACCCGGGUUUGGCCAUCCCAAGAUGUCGAACGACAAAGACAUCCGCGCCGAUCGCGAAAGCCCUGGAAUGAGCGAUAGUUUCGACUUUCUCGUCAGCUUGCUUGAAGAAAUUCCGCCUGUCGUAUCCUUUAUCACAACAAAGUGGGAUACAGUCGCGGCAAAGGAGGUACAUAAACUCGUUACACGGGAGGAAGAGUUGAAGAAAUAUUGGCGAAAGCGGUUCGAGGUCCGCGUGUGGGAGUUUCCGGUUCGCGAUGAGGCCGUCUUGCGUUGUGAGGCUAGCUGCCUCGAUGACCUAGAAUACAGGGAGCCGAAGCGGCAAGAAUUGCUCGACAGAAUAUUUAGGAGGUAUUUUCAGGCGAAGCUUGUAGCUUUGGAAAUGCCAUUUUGGGAAUGGACUAAGUUGGACAAGGCCGCAUACAUCGGAACACUACCACUCAAAGCCGUCGCGAUCGUCCUUGGGGAAGUUUUGAAAGGGAUCGGUAGAGCGGAAGUUCGGUUUACCUUCAGUGUUGGAUAGUCAUUCAGGGGAGACUACAUGCGUGAGGAUGGAGGGGUAGGGUCACACGAGAAUUAUCAGGCGAAUGGCUAUGGUCUCUUUCUGGUCUCAAAUGUUCAUAUUACGGGGUUCGUCUCUCUGCUAUGUAGCGAAUCUCAACCGCGAUGGAGGGGAUCCUGAGUAAUACUUUAGCGGAAGUGUCCUUUGGGCUCGGAGGUUGACUAUGCGACACUAAACAUGUUGAU